UACACAUUUAAGCAGCCUGUUUCAGGAUCGGACGGAGUCAUGUCUCCCGUUUACAUAUUUCUAGGCUUCCUAACUUUGUCGCUUACUGGUGCUGAGGUUCCACAGGCACAUCGUGUGGUAAAAGGUCACAUGACAGGAUCUUUGAGAAAACUUCCUUGGAAAUGGAGGCACGAGAAAACGUCUUACAAAGUGAAAACUCCACUGACUGUCGGGGUAGACGUUGUUUCCAGUUUCAAAGUCAGCGCAGACUCAAUCGGUUUGGGGGGAAUAUUCAAAACGAGUAACUUCCAACUGCCUGAUUGCGCUGGUAUCAUAAAACGUCAACCGGAUCUUAAAGGUCGUAACGGAGUAUACACUAUAUACCCUGACGGCAAGACCAAGAAGCGGGUGUUCUGUGACAUGACCACUGAUGGCGGUGGAUGGACGGUUAUCCAACGACGGAAAUACGGAUCUACACGUUUUACCCGCAAGUGGAGAGACUACAAGAAAGGGUUUGGAAGUGCGAGUGUGGAUUACUGGUUAGGAAAUGAUGCAAUACAUUCUUUGACAUCACGAAAAGCACAGGAACUGCGGAUUGAUCUACAACAGUUUUCAGGCGCUAAGGCUUACGCUAAGUACUCGACGUUCAGAAUCGCGGAUGAGAAAGGAAAAUACAGGUUAAAAGUCGGAGGAUACAGUGGAACUGCAGGGGACAGUCUACAAAUACACAACAACCAUAUCUUUGUUACAAAGGAUAGAAAUGACCGUCACAACUGUGCCAAGAAUUACCAAGGUGCGUGGUGGUAUGAAAGUUGUUACCAGUCAAAUCUGAACGGACCAUUUCGCUCAUCUGCUGUUCACACUUUUCAAGCAAUAGUAUGGCGCAAAUGGAAAGAAAAAACAGCACUAAAAUCGGCGAAAAUGAUGAUUCGACCUCAAAAAUAGUUAAUAUGUGAUUUGCAUGAAUAAAUGUUUCAGAAAUAAAUCCUGUCAAAUAAU